GUUCAUUUGGCAACACGCAGGCCCAUGGACGACGUCGCGAUCGCGCCGCUGCCGGUGGACGCCAAGCUGCCGCCCGCCCUGGACGUCGCCGCCAUGGCCGACGCGCAUGCAGGUCUCGAGUCGCCGACGUCCACGGAGCAGAUCGCGCCCAUGGACGCGGUGGCCAUGGAGGAGAUUGACAAGCCCAAGGACGCGACCGUUGCGCCGACGACCAAGUCGCACGAGGUCGCAGCUGUGGUCGAGGGCCUCUGCGCGCUCAAGAUUGAGACGAUCGAUGCACCCGAGCCGGCGUCGUCCAAGGUCUCGGCGAUGGUCGACGAGAUCAAGACGCUCCUCAACUCGCCGACCAAGAUCCCGUCCUUGUCCAAGCCCGACAAGCCGUCCAUGAUCCCACCGCCGUCGCCGGUCGCCAAGACGACGGCGAUCACACAUGCCAAGACGACCAAGGGCGCGCCGAGCCCGUUUGCGCACCUCAAACGAAAGUCCAUGUCGCCGACGCAAAAGGACGCGUUGGCCGCGCGCCUGUAUACGAAAGCGAUGGAGCUCAAGCACAAGCGCGACGAGCUCUCGACGCAAGCCCCGGAAGAGUGCACGUUCAAGCCCAACACGACCAAGCCCCACAUCAAGCACACGUCGUCGGACGCAAUGCAGUCGAGCGGACCGUCGUCCGUCACCUCGAACGGGUCGGACAAGGACCGGUUCAACAUGCUGCACGACCAAGCCAAGGAGCUCGCGCGCCGCAAGGAAGCGCAGAAGCAGUCGGCGCAGGCCGAGUACUCGUUCAAGCCCGAAAUUUCAAAAAAGUCCCGGCGCAUGUCGCUGAAGCUCCGUCUCCGCAAAGCGCACAAGGGCGAAAGCGAUGCGACCACGAUCUCGAGCCCGAGAAGCGUCGACGGCAAGCCGACCCGGCGCCACGAAGAGCUGUAUGCUCAGCACCUCGAGCUCGCGGCGCGGCGAAAGCAGAAGCAGCUCGAGAUGGAAGCCAAGACGGCUGAAGAGUGCACGUUCCAGCCCAAGAUCAAGAAGCUCAAGGGCAAAUCGCCGGCCAAGAGUCGACCGCUGUACGACGCCGAGCGCGAGCGUCUAAAGCGCCUCGAAAAGGAGGAGAAGAAGAAGCAGUUUGAGAUGGCCGAGUGCACGUUUCGACCGGCGGUCCAGCGCACCAAAUCGACCGAGGCCAAAGCCGACGACAAGUCGUUUUUGGACCGGAUGCAGGAAAACGAGCGCAAGAAGGAAGACCGUCUCGAAGCGCUGCGCAAAGAGCAGGACGAGCGCAAGCUCAAGGAAGCAACGUUCCGGCCCAAGAUCAUCGAGACCAAGUCGUCCAAAGCCCUUGCCGACGACAAGCCGUUCCACGAACGUCUCUUUGAUAAAGAGUACUUGCUCCAGCAGCAAGCGGACCGCGAGCGCAAGAAGCUCGAGCAAGAAUCGUUUUCGUUCAAACCGUCGAUCGAGUCGUCGCUCGUGUCGAUUCCCGAGCGCCACGGCAGCAUUUUCGAACGGCUGCACGACGAAGGUCUCAAGAAGAUGGAGCAGCUGAGCCUCGCCGAGCAACAACGGUUGAAGCGCGAAAUGGAAGAGUGCACGUUCCACCCGCACGUGUCGAUCGAGCUCAAGGAGCCGCCGACCGAGCCGGUCUGGGAACGCCUCUCGAACGACAAGAAGCACAUUCUCGAAGAGCGCCAGCGGCUCAAGGAAGAGAACGAGGCCAAGGGCUGCACCUUCAAGCCGGACCUUGGCGCGUCGAUGCGGAGCCCGGCGCGGCGCAACACGACGCUGCUGCCGCCAUCGACAUCGGCGCCGGCCACAGCGCCCCCGGACGUCUCACCGCCCUCGUCGAUCGCGCGGCAGUUGCGUCGCCAGACGUCCCCGCAGCUUGAUCUGCCCGUGACGGCGCUCGUCGACGUGGCGGCCGUGCUCACGACAGACGACACAUCGAUGCCUCCGGCGGCACCGAGCCUGUUGCCUCCGUUCCCGCCGGUUGUCGGCGACGAGGUCUCGGAGCAGUCGCGCAGCAUCCUCGACAACUACGACUCGUGGGCGGCGACGCUCGAGGAGAAGAUGCGCGAACUCAAGUAGGCGUCUCGGUGUCCCGUGGCGAAGGCGGAUGGUUUUCUAAGUUUAUAAACGAGUCAUUUUUUGUGUUAUCG